AUGUUCUCAGCGUCCCUCAAAAGCGCAACUCGCGGAUGUGUCCGUGUGAACGCACAGAGAACCGCUGCAGAAGCAGCCAAGCUUUCUAACAAAAGAGUUAUGAAGACCAUCAGAAUGGGUAAGGCUAGACCUGCCAUCUUCCACCAGUUCGAGACCUUUGUGGAACUCUCUGAUGGUUCCGUCGUUAAGAGACGUUCUCAAGCUCCAAAGGAUGAAGUUAGAAUGAUUACAGAUCAAAGAUCCAGUCCGAUGUGGAAUCCUACAAGAGACGACUUAGACGACUCUGAUCCUAAUGCUGUUGGUAAGAUCGAUAAAUUUAAGAAGAGAUUUGGUGGAUUCGACGGAACUGAAGAGGCAUCUGCUGAACUCAGUAUCCAUGAGAGACGUAAGCAGGCUGCCAAACAGAAAGAUGAUUUGUUCGAGCUCUUGGGUGAGGGUGCAAGCGAGGUUAACAAGGGUGGUAAGGUCCAGCCCAAAUAUCGUAAGAAAUAG